GAGCGAGAAGGGAGGACGGGCUUCUUACUUCUCCGUGCCUUGCCUGUCAACCUGGUUGGCUGGGUCUGGAAUCUGGGGCCAUCUUCCUCUUCCUGGUCUUCUCCUUGCCUCCUGCAGUUGAAACAUAAGCUAAGGCUUAGUGGAGACCCAGGCAGGAGAGGGCACAAAGGGAUCAAAUCCCUUCUCUCUUCAACUCCGUCACUUAUUCCUGGGCCGGGCAGAAUCGGAGACUGCACCAGAGAGCUCCGUUGGCCCUUGGGGAGAGUUGGGGAACGUGGGAUCUGCCUGCUGGGAGAGCUGCUUGGGGGCUCCAGGAUGCUCACCAUGCUGCCUUAGCCCCGGUGACAGCUCAAGCGUCCGUGCUCCAAGGCUAUGGCCCGUUCCUUCAGCUGGCACUGCUGCCCCUGGUGCCUGACGGAGGACGAGAAGACAGCCUUAAGGAUUGACCAAGAAAUCAAUAAGAUCCUCAUGGAACAGAAGAAGAGGGACCGAGGGGAGCUGAAGCUGCUGUUGUUGGGUACUGGGGAGAGUGGGAAAAGCACCUUCAUCAAACAGAUGCGGAUUAUCCAUGGGGCAGGCUACUCGGAGGAGGACCGCAAGGGCUUCACAUCCCUGGUCUAUCAGAAUAUCUUCACCUCCAUGCAGGCAAUGAUUGAAGCCAUGGACACCCUUCACAUCCCCUACAGCUGCCCUGAGAACAGGCACCACGCUAGCCUGAUCAUGAGCACGGAUGCCUACAAAGUGACGACCUUCGAGAAGCCCCAAGCCCACGCCAUUCAGUGUUUGUGGAAAGAUGGCGGCAUCAGAACCUGCUACGAACGCCGCCGCGAGUUCCAUCUGCUGGACUCUGCUGUGUAUUACCUGUCCAACCUGGAGCGUAUCACAGAAGACAGCUACAUUCCUACAGCCCAGGACGUCCUGCGGAGCCGGAUGCCCACGACCGGCAUUAAUGAAUACUGCUUCUCGGUGCAGAAGACCAAUCUGAGGAUUGUGGACGUGGGCGGCCAGAAGUCCGAGCGGAAGAAGUGGAUCCACUGUUUCGAGAAUGUCAUCGCUCUCAUCUACCUGGCGUCCCUGAGCGAGUAUGACCAGUGUCUGGAGGAGAACAACCAGGAGAACCGGAUGAAGGAGAGCCUGGCCCUGUUUGGCACUAUCCUGGAGCUGCCCUGGUUUAAGAACACCUCCGUCAUCCUUUUCCUUAACAAGACAGACAUCCUGGAGGAAAAGAUUCCUACCUCUCACCUGGCCACCUACUUCCCCAGCUUCCCUGGACCCAAGCAGGAUGUGGAAGCAGCUAAGCAGUUCAUCUUAGACUUGUACACCGGGAUGUACACCGGUUCUGGGGACAUCAAAGGCUCCACAAGGAAGAACUCACGCUCAAGGCGUCUUUUCAGCCAUUAUACCUGUGCCACGGACACCCACAACAUCCGCAAGGUCUUCAAGGAUGUCCGGGACUCAGUGCUUGCCCGCUACCUGGAUGAGAUCAAUCUGCUCUGACUCUGGCCUCUAUGGGCUAAGAGAGGGGGUCCCAAGGAUGGGGACAGCCCCCUUCUCUUCCUGGCUGCUCUUGGCUUCUCUGAUCAACCUCUUGCCUUGUGCUCUCUGGAACUGGUUCUAAGCCAAUCAUAAUUUGUCACCUUGGGGUUCCUAGAAGGGAAUAUGGGUGAUAGUUUAAAUGACCUUAGAAUAUCAAGGCAGGCAAAGAGAGGCCUUCAGAGUUAAAAAGACUUUUAGGACCUAGAAUGUCAGAGCUGGGAGGGCCCUUAGACCCAAGAUAUCAGAGCUGGGAGGGCCCUUAGACCCAGGAUAUCAGAGCUGGGAGGGCCCUUAGACCCAGGAUAUCAGAGCUAGGAGAGCCCUUAAAACAGGGUAUGUCAGAGGUAGGAGGGCCCUUGGAACAUAGAGUGUUAGAACUGGAAAUUUUCUCUUUUUACAUAUGAGAAAAAUGAGUCCAAAGAAAGCGAUUCAACCAUCAUUGCACAGCAAAUGAGUUGUAGAACCACACUGUUCUACGUCACUCCCCGAGUUGAUGUCUAUAGCUCUUCAGUAACUUUGGGCCUGAAGGGGGGUGGUCCAACCCUAAAAUGGCCUUUGCAGAGCUCGUUAGCCCUGGACACCAUAGGAAACUUUUCCAGAUAUAUGCUGUACAUCCCAUAUGGGAUAUAGUCAUUCUAGAGAUUGCUAAUGGGUAACUCUGGGCUUUUAUUCUUGUUUCUAAAUUGGAUGACAACCUCCUUUUAAGCCUCCCAUUCCUUCUACCCCAUUCUCUUCUGUCUAUUUAUUUGCUGAUCUCCUGAAAGCUCCAUGGAGAGAAGUUAUUAAAAGAUAUGUAUAAAUA